AUGGUAAGAAUCCUAAUUAACUCCUCCGGUGGCUCUACAUUUCGGCUGGGGGGCUUGGAAGCUCGGACCUGGACUUUGGCUUGGGCUUCUCCAUUGGGCUGCUGCUCGGACCCUUUAACGUAUCAUCCUCUUUAUGUCCAUAGUAAGAGGGCUCGAAUGGAACACCUCCAAACUCAAUCUAAUGGUUACAAGCGUGAGAGUGGAGUCUUGAUUUCUCAAACAGCACCUGGGGACAGUCCCAACACUGAUGGUAUUCACAUUGGACAUUCCACUGGAGUAGUCAUCACAGAUUCAAACAUAAGAACCGGGGACGAUUGCAUCUCAAUUGGUGAUGGUGCCAAACAAGUUAACAUAAGCAAAGUGACAUGUGGACCUGGCCACGGAAUCAGUGUUGGAAGUCUUGGAAGGUAUGACAAUGAACUGCCUGUUGAGGGUAUCUUUGUUACCGACUGCACCAUCUCCAAUCCUUUAAAUGAUGUAAGAGUAAAGAACUGGCUAGCUUCUAAAAGUGGCAGUGCCACCAAUAUGCACUUUGAAGGAAUAUGGAUUCAAAAGCAGGAAAUUUCAGGCCAAAAACUCCUCAAGAUUAUGAGAUGA